AUGUUAAAAAUCAUACAGGAGAGGAAAAAAUUAAAGAGGCAGCAGGAGGAGGAGGGAGAGCCAGGCUGCCUGGAGCAUGGAGGACGCCCCUUGGAGCUCUUCUGCCAGGAGUGCCAGCGCCUCUCCUGUGCCCUCUGCCCAGCCCUGGGAGACCACCGGGGGCAUCCCCUCGCCCUCCUGCCUCAGGCGGCCCAGGCCAAGAGGGAAAUAAUAGGAUUGUGCUUGCAUCAGUUAGCACUGAAGAGACAGCAGGAAAUGGACAACACAAAACAUAUAGAAGAAGCUACAAUUGCGCUUCAGGCUCAUGCACUGGCAAGUAAAAACUGGCUGAUGGGGAAGUUCACUGAGCUCCGACUGCUGUUUGACAAGGAAGAAACCUUAAUGAAACAAGACAUCGAUGAAAAGGUCCAGCAGACUUUAAGGGCUUAUGAAGAGCAGUCAGAGGCAUGCAAGGGACAAGUGAGGACCAUAGACAGUUUUGUAGACAGGAUCAGACAAAUCCAACUUCUGUCUGACCCGCUCCAUUUGCUGAAGGAGUACAGUGCGGUAGAAAAGGAAAUUUUGAAGCAGAGGAUCCCUGCAGAGCAUUUGGCUCCGGUGCCUAUGACAUUUGAACACGUUACAAACCACUUCAAGAGCUUUGUGGAGACCAUUCAGUCCAUCUUCCAGAAGCCACUCAAAGCACGGCUCAAAGAAGAUGUUUUUAGUAGCCUCAACAGCACCUUAAAGAAGGAGCCAGGAACCUUGCUGAAAGUGAACUCCUGCAUAGACCGGUCUCUUUUCUUAAAACAUGCAAGAACCCCCACACUGGAGAUAAAUAGUUUGCAUCCCAGGCUGACCUUGUCUGAGGACCAUCUUUCUGUAAGCUGCUGCUGGAGGAGAAAACUGUACCCCUCAAACUCACAAAGGUUUGACAAGCUCUGGCAGGUCUUGAGUAGAGAUUCCUUCCUUGCAGGGAGCCAUUACUGGGAAGUGGAUUUACUUCAAGCUCAGCAAGGAUGGUGGAUUGGGGCAACUUAUCCUUCUAUCAAGAGAAAAGGGGACUCUGAAUUUUGCCGUCUGGGCUGCAACCGGGCAUCUUGGUGUAUCAAAAGGUUUGACUUUGAAUAUUGGGCAUUCCAUAAUGGAGAGAGAACCCCAAUUCGGACAGAGGAAGAUCCUGACCGAGUAGGGAUUUUUCUGGAUUAUGAGGCUGGGGUCUUGUCUUUUUACAAUGUAACAGAUGGGAUGGCUCAUCUACACACAUUUCAUGCCAAAUUUACUGAGCCAGUUUACCCUGCGCUGAGGGUGUGGGAAGGGACAAUAACAGUAUGUAAGAUAACCUAA